ACGGUUUCCUUGUGAACAGCUAUGAAAUUACGUUCUCCCAAGUUUACAAAACAGUAUACUCACCCAACGAGUUGUAGGAUGGUCCCUUAGUUUGCUUUGAGCCGCAGGUGCCAAAGCUGAUUGAAAAUUCCGCGAACGUAUUGUACUAGGUAGGAAGAAUCAAGGACCUGGCUCACCUUGAACUCUCAAGGUGUUCUGGUCAAUGUUUUUUCUGGUGUGACACCUGCAUUUUUGAAGCAAGUUGCUUCCAGGCAAGAAACCCAAACUGAAAUUGUUCGACAAACGUUUGAGAUUCAAGUGAACCUUAUUGAAGAUGCUAACGGGAUUCCUCACUUCUAUACCGUGGCUGUUUCUCCACUACGUCAGCUACUACCUGGUCGAAGCAUCGCGUCCAAUAACCGUCAUCGCCCAUAUGGUCAACACACCAAAUUCCAUUCGAUGGGCAUUGGAUCAAGGCGCCAACGGCAUUGAAAUCGAUUUGAAAUUCGAAGGCAACGAUCCUAGUAAAUUUCAUCAUGGAUUUCCUUGUGAUUGCAGUUGCUUUAUCCAUUUGUUUACCAAUGGGGACAAUGGAUGUGGGGUUCUCGGUGAAGGUUGUUCCGCUUCGACGAGUGUCACGGAAAUGACAGACUUCUUGGGAAGCUCUGAGAUUAUCUCUUCUCCAUUAGCACUCAUUUACAUUGACGCUAAACUGGACAAAACAGUGCCGAAUUAUGCCGAAGCAGGCGCAAAUGUAGUGCGAUUGUUUAACGAGAAAGUGCUUGCACGGGGUUUUCGCGGACAGAUUCUUCUCGGAUGUUUAACAAUAUCACGUGCUGAUUACCUGCGUGGUGCCCUUCAAGAAGCUAGCAAUACCAAAUAUGCUGACCAAUAUUUCUACACGAUCGACAACGAAGGGAGAAAAGCAAAAAAGCAUAUGACAACGCCAUCCAGUACAGCCUUGAUAUGGGCAUGUAUGCUGCUGUUGGUGUUUGGACGGUCGAUCGGGAAUCUACAAUGACGCACUACCUGGAGGCAGGUGUGGAUUUUAUCUUAACAAACAGACCAAACGUGGCUGCUAACUUGGUUGAUCAAGAUUAUAUCAUCGCUUUGCCCGGCCAAGCAAUGAAACCCAAGUCAUUUCCAAAACUAAGUUCUUAUAU